UGAACCCACGUGGAUAGACAACACCUCAGGGGAGGGGCUUCCCGGCUCCUGAUUGGUCCGCUGCUCAUUACCGGGAUUGUCCCCCCUAAGGAGCUUUGGUCAAAAAGGUAACAGGAGCUCCGAUCGAGGAGGUCGACCUGCAGCGAGGUGUUGAAGCGGCUCAGGGAUGAGCUGAAGCGGCACUCUGAGCUUUCUGACCCGCGGGAACUUUAGGCGCGUAAACAUGGUGGAGGUGUUUUCCGGCCGGACGCUGUUGAAUAAAGACGGGGAUCUGGUGGACCCCGAGCUGGCGCUGAGGAACAAGGUGGUGGGGAUCUACUUCUCCGCGGGGUGGUGCCCUCCGUGCCGAGACUUCACGCCGAUCCUGUGUGAUUUCUACACGGAGCUGGUGGAGGAGGGCGAGCCUCCUGCGCAGUUCGAGAUAGUUUUCAUCUCCUCGGACAAGACGCUGGAUGAUAUGGUUGAAUAUUAUCACGACAUGCACGGAGACUGGCUCGCGCUGCCCUGGACGGAUGAAUACAAACACAGUGAGUUGAAGCAGCGCUACAACAUCACAGCGGUUCCAAAACUGGUGAUUGUGAAGGAAAACGGCGACGUGAUCACCGAUAAGGGCCGGAAACAGAUCCGAGACAGAGGCCUGGCCUGUUUCGGCUCCUGGUUGGAUGCUGCUGAGGUCUUUCAGAACUUCAAGGGCUAGAGCCGUCUAGAUGGACCAGAGGAAAAAGUAACAUCAUUUUUGAGAAUUUACAAUUACACAAUAACUAACAGGGGUAUCAAGAAGGCUUUUACCUCUGAACGCACACCCUAAAAUCACAUUAAAACCCUAACUUUAGCUCAGCUUCUCAGAAGUCACGGCAGACUCGUAAACAAA